GUGACAAACACAUUUCAAACGAAGGUGUCCAAAUUUCUGUGGCUAACUAAAAUAAAUGAAUAAUUUGGCAAAUCUAUUUGUCUACUCCUUGAAUAAAAAGCAUAAUAAACAGCCACAAUUAUACCUUUUGUGUCCAUAUUUUUAAAACAUUUUUCAGCUUUCUUUUUCUUUUCAGUUGGUGAGGUUGGUAAAGGAUCACAGCAGAUGAUUCGGGCAACGAGAUUCAGAUCAAAAAUCAGCCCUUCUUCUUCGGUGAUCACUCUUUUCAACAAUUCACACAUAAAAUAUUACUGAAUCAGAGCUGAAUCUCCAGAUAUAGAUACUCAAAAGGCGGAGAAAAGUGAGAGAAUAUUAAUGGUUUGUUCAAAAGGGUCAGCAGAAGGGGGUUUCUAUUUCUCUUGAUUUUCAAUCUCGUGGAGGAAUGUUUUGAGUGAAUCCCACUGCCCCAUCUGUCUUGGGGGACUAACCCAUCUCAUGAAGAUUCAAUCUUUACCAGAAAAAAUAAUAUCUUGUUCAUAGCAGUAAUAUAUAUACAUAUAUAUAUAUAUAUAUAUACAGAGAGAGAGAGAGAGAGAGAGAGAGAGAGAGAGAGAGAGAGAUGAAGGAGCUGUUCGGGAGCCCAGGGAGAAAAAGUGGGCUGAUAUUGAGGAUUGGGCAGUGUGUGUCUGCAGCUGCUUCAAUUGGGGUCAUGGCCUCUGCUUCUGGCUUCUCAACUACUACUGCCUUUUGCUACUUAAUUGCAUCAAUGGGGCUUCAGGUUUUGUGGAGCUUUGGACUCAUGUGCCUAGACAUACAUGCUUUGAGGUUCAACAAGGACCUCCAUACCAACAUUAUUGUGAGCCUGUUUGUCGUCGGUGAUUGGGUGACUGCUACUCUAUCCCUCGCAGCUGCAUGCUCCUCUGCUGGUGUUAUGGUGCUCUUCACUAGAGAUACCGAUAUCUGCAAUAUAGAUUUGAAUUUGUCAUGCGAUAUGUUUCAGAUAUCCAUUGCUUUUGCUUUUGCAUCGUGGUUUCUUCUUGCAAUAUCUUCUUAUAUCAUGUUUUGGCUUGUGGCAUCAAUCUAGACAGUUUCUCUUUGACACCUAUCAACACCGUGACCAUAUGCUCGUAGUGCCAGUGUAUAUAUUGUCAAUUUUGGAAAGAGUUUUUGUAAGAAGCAUUUUACAUUUUUUUUACCACCCUUUUGUGAACCUCAAUCCUUCCCUGAUGAUUAGGGAAGAGAUUCGUCUGUAACAUGACAUAUUGAGUAAUUCUUGAGCUAUUUAGAUGAGAACAUGUAGAAAUUUAUGCGAGGCAUUGAAGAACUUCUGUUUAGUAGCUCCUUGUAAUGAAAAAAUGAAUUGAUCUCUUCAUCAAGUAGAAAGAGAUGAGAGAGCAUUAUUUCGUUA